AUGGCGGACUCACUUUCUAUCUACGAUGAGAUCGAAAUCGAAGACAUGACCUUCGACCCAACUCUGCAAAUAUAUCACUACCCAUGCCCAUGCGGGGAUAGGUUUGAAAUAGGCCUCGCAGACUUGCGCGAUGGAGAAGAGAUCGGUAUCUGUCCUAGCUGCAGUUUGAUGAUCAGGGUGAUAUUUGAUGAGGCUGAUCUACCAAAGGACGAUAGCGGCAACAAUGGCGGAGUGGCUUCUGCUAUAACUGCGUGA